UUGUCGGAAUUAUUAUACAAUUAUACCCGUGAUAAUAAGUUAGAUUUUAUUUAAUAUGUGAGAACCAACUGAUUUAUAACACUGUCAUAUAUAAAUAUUAAAGUUGUCACAGUUUUCCCUACAGUCUUAAAUGGUACCCGAGAAUACUUUUAAAAAAGCAUAAAGUUUAUUGCUGUUCAAAUCUCUAAAAAUUCUAGGAUGGCCACGGUAUCAAUAGAGCAAGGCAUACUGCAAGGUAGAAAAUCACAAACUGACAACGGAUUUGUGUACUACGAGUUUGUGGGUAUUCCAUAUGGCAAACCGCCGCUGGGACAACUGAGGUUCAAGAGUCCUGAACCUCCAGAAAAAUGGAAUGGCGUUAGAGAUGCAACUGUAACGAGCAAAGACAAUGUGUCAUUACAAACAGACAUAAUAAGUGGUCGAGUUGUGGGAAGCGAAGACUGCCUUUAUUUAAACGUCUAUACACCUAAGAUACCAGCUGAGAAAUCUGAAACAUUACCUGUAAUGAUCUACAUACAUGGCGGUGGAUUUAUACGUGGUAAUGGAAUAUUAGGAAACGAAUGUGGUCCAGAUUUUCUCAUCGAGCAUAAUGUAGUUAUAGUCACAAUCAAUUACAGGCUUUCCGUCUUUGGAUUUUUAACUUUGGACAUCCCAGAAGUAGCAGGCAACAUGGGCCUGAAAGAUCAGGUCAAAGCUUUGGAAUGGGUCCAAAAUAAUAUUACACAUUUUGGUGGUGACAAAAAUAACAUUACAUUAUUUGGGCUAAGUGCAGGCUCUGCUUGUGUUGAUUAUCAUAUUGUUUCACCAAGAUCCAAGGGCCUUUUUCAUAAAGCUAUACUUCAAUCGGGCUCUUGUCUUAAUCAUUGGGCAAUUAAUAAUGAGUCAAUGAAAGUAGUAAAUCUACUUGCCGGCAGUUUAGGAUAUAAAGGAUCACUAGAAGAUAAAAUUGGUCUUAAGGAGUUCUUUUUAAAUAUCCCUGGAUCGACGUUGAUAGCAUCGGCUACACAAAUUGCCGAAAAUUGGAAACUUGAUGGUCUUUUCUUUGGAUUUGUUCCGUGUAUUGAAAAAGAUUUCGGAAAUGGGGAAGCUUUUUUAACAGAACAACCGUAUGGAUUAUUGAAACGGGGUUAUUUCAAUCAUGUACCUGUUAUUAAAGGUUUUUGCAAUAAAGAGGGUUAUCUAAUGCGUAUAGCGAAACCAAACACAAUAUCGCAUAUUCUGGAAAUGGAAACCUAUACGGAUCGUUGGUCAUUUGAUUUUGAUGCAGGAGAACGAAGUAAAUACGAGGCUCAAUUGGCUAGGAGCUAUUUUGAAAACAUUAAACCAGGCGAUGAGUUUGAUACGCUUGCAAUUGACUUCAUAACGGAUUCUGAAAUGAAGUCUGGAAUUUGGAUCAGUGGAAAGCUGAUGGCAGGUCACGAUGUGCCUGUACAUUUCUAUGAGUUUUGCUAUGAUGGAAACAUCAACUAUUUCAAACGUCUUUGUUGUAUAAAAAGUAAAGGUGCGGCUCACACUGAUGAUCACAGUUAUGUUUUGUGUCACAAAUUAAUGAAAACAGCUGUUGGACAGGAUUUAAUAAUACGAAACGUAAUGACCAAAAUGUGGACUAAUUUUGCUAAAUUCAGUUCUCCUACUCCGGAAGAUAAAUUGGAUACGUUGAUUAAAUGGCCCGCGUUCACAGAAAACAAUCCUGUUUCUUUACAAAUUGAUAAAGAAAUUAAACUACUGAGUAAUUACGAACCGAAAAGGAUGAAGAUUUUUGAAGAAAUUUAUGACAAACAUUACUCAUGUUAAUCAAAUAAUCUUAAUACGAAAUUUACGAACUGGGUUUUUACGGACAAGUACUUAAAAAUUAAGAAAAAAAGAAGGCAUGAAUUAUCUUUGAACUUGGU